AAUGGCCACCCUUGCGAAUGCAGGGUAGCGUGCUAACAAUUUAGCCAUAGCUAGCUUCAAGUUUUGUUACUCAGAGCUUAGCUAUGUUAGCUAGCCAACGUUACUUGUCUGGAAUGCUCCGACAUGUAUGUAUAGCAACUCUGCAAUAAAAGUACAUUUUGUCCACGGGACAUAAACGGCAACGCUAUAGCUUUAGCUAACCGUAGCUAGCUAACGUUAGGCCUACAUGCACAUGGGGUUGCGAUUAGUGGGGAUGAAUGGAGCGCUUGUCAGUUCACUCUAGUCGAAUUGUCAGCUUUACACGCCAGGAAAUGUCUCAUUUGAGCCGUAAUGAGAUAUUAUCAGUAAUACAAGGCUGGGCUUUAGUUCUCCACAACGGUUACAUGAGUAGAUAGUCCUUUAUUCACGUGGGCUAGCUAUUUCCUUGCAAAUAGACUAGCCUAGCAAACGUUACUGGCUUGCAAGUUGGAGUGACAUUCCAUGUGACCUGUCUAGCUAGCUCAUUAAUUAAUAUAUGGAAGGGUGUUGGAUCUGGUUAGCCAAGAAUAACAAUUAGGAAUUGCUAGCAAAACCACUGAAAUAAGGGCAGAGACCAGUGACAAUGAGCCACCUGAUCAAGUAUAACCUUGGAUCAGGUUGAAUGGGUGGAGGAGCUAGACUAGCUUGGCCACCUGAUGAUGAAUGUACUCGAUAUAUUGUAUUGAAUGUAACCAAACAAUAUGAUCUAUCUUCGUUAGCUAGUCAAUGCUUAAAUUAAACGUGCAUGCUUUUUCUGUUUCUCCUGAUGCAACAGACCCGGAGAGACUGCUUUCUAAACAGCAAAUUAUUCAGUUUUGCAUCCAAAAUGAAACCAGCAACAGCAAAGUGGUUUGACAGAAGGGACUCAGUGUUCAUUGAGUUCCUGGUAGAAGACAGCAAAGAUCUUAAAGUAAAGUUUGAAAAAUCAAAACUUGAUUUUUGUUGUGUUGGCGGGAUUGAAAACCUCAAACACCAAAAUGAAUUGGACCUUUUCGAUUCAAUUGACCCCAAUGAGUCCAAGCACAAACGUACAGACAGGUCUGUGUUGUGUUGUCUAAAGAAAGCAAAGGCGGGUAUUGCAUGGCCACGGUUAACGAAGGACAAGGCAAAGUUUCAAUGGCUGGGUGUCGACUUCAACAACUGGAAAGACUGGGAAGAUGAUUCUGAUGAGGAUCUGUCCAGUUUCGACAAAUUCUCAGAGAUGAUGAACACGAUGGGAGGAGAAGACGGUAUGCCAGAUCUGGGCAUGGGUGGUAUAGAAGGUCUAAAAGAGCACGACAGUGAUGAUGAAAAGAUGCCAGACUUGGAGUAAUGGGAGCAUUAAAGGAUGUUUUGUAACCGAUGAAAACAAGGAAGUAAAGCCUCCAAAGGUCGGUUGAAGAGAAAAAUUAGAGAUGAGUUAUUGGUAGCCGUAUUUGAAAGGAGGAAACGUCACCAGUUUUCCAAACACAUCACAGGAAACUCGCUGACGAAAGACUGUCUGUCGUAACAUAACACCAGAGCAUUCUUUAGCCACUGUCCUAGUGUGGUGCUGUUCUAAUUCUGCAUGGAAAAUUCAGUUGUUUCCAUGAUGUGUUGUUGUGGGGUUUAGUUCUAUCAUCCUUUAACUUAACCAGGGGCCACGUUGUGGAACAUUCAGAUUGAAAUACGUAAUGUAGAUCACACACGCCUCUGACAUGUAGAGUUAUGGAAUCAUGUCGGUUCUAUUCAUGCUAUUUCUAUCUGCAACGUUUGACAAUGUUUGCCUGCUGAAUGUGGCCCUGCUCUGAUGGGAUAAUAUCUUAGUUACACCCCACCUCUCCCUUUUUUAUUUAAUAAUGUCUGUGAGGUUACGUAUUACAUUUAGACAUAUUUGUGAAUUGUAAAUUAGGGGGAAAAAAUAGGUUUCAAAACAACCGUCUAUUUUCAAUAAAGUAGUUUCUUUUUUAAAUUAAAAAUGUCCCAUUUUACUGUUCAUACUGUUAAUUUUGUUUCAGUUUUAAUUUUUGUUAUGUAUCUAUAGUUUUAACUCCAAGCAAAUAUUAUCUCAGUGUACAUUAAUGUGCAAAUAUUACAGGUAAUAGUUCAUUCAUUGAUUUUAAAUAUUGAGGUAUUUAAAUGAAUAUGCAUGUUAACCUUAUUUUACAGUAUAACUUAAGUUGUACGUUAUAAUGAUACAACCUUUCCGUGCAAUCGCAUUUUGCGAGGAUGUUUUUUCUUUAGUAUAUAUCAAUGUAAAUAGCGAACAUUUUCAAAGGAUAUACCGGUAGUUUAUUUCUACGUUUUGGACAUUUUGUAUCAAACAAAAGCGUUGGAGCAGAUGUCAAAAAUAUUAUUUAUUCUAUUUUCAAAAGGGUGCAGAAACAUAACAAAAACAUAACUUGUCAAUAAAUUACCUAAUUUAAUUUGCAAGUGUUAAAGCAAAUGCACUACUAUGUUUCGGCAACUUUUCUUUUUUUUUUGCAGAUCAGGUUAAAUAAAUUUCAGUUUGUUAAAUGCAGUGGGAAUUUUUGUUUCCGUAUUUCUAAUAAACUAAGUUGAUGUUU